CUCUUUUAUUACAAUAAUAAUUCAAAAAAAACAAAAAGGAUAACAAAAAAAAAAAAAAAAGUUUUUUUUCUUCUGAAAAAGAAAAAAUUUCUUUUUGUUAUUAUUUGUUAAUGUUGCUAUUGUUUUAGUAGUAGAAGUUGUUGUGUUGUUACAAAAAAAAAAAAAAAAAAUUUUAACCGGAGAGCUACCGGUUAAGACAUCGUUUAACAAACCAGGAUUUCUUUGGGAGUAUUUGUUGUUUCUCGUGCAUACAGUGAAUCCGCGUGCGGGCGUCGCACACGAAACCCCUUCCUGCAUGAUCUUAGAGGCAGUUCUGAAGCUCUUAAAAAAAUGUCUAGCAGAACAAGUUCAAAAGACGUACCGUUAAAGACUGAAGAGUCAUUGCUAUUUUGAAUUUUAAAAAGAAGAUUUUUAAAGAAGUAGAUACAUAAAAAAAGGAGACUUAAAAAGGUGAAAAAUUUUCAUCCUUUCAAAAUGUUGGGUGUUAGUCAACCUAGUAAUCCACCAUCGAGCCUACGUCAUUCGGCGAGUUUUUCCUGUUUACAAAGAGGUUCAAGUGAAAAUCAUCAUCGUAAUCGAACAUCAACACUACCACAGCAACCAUGUUUACAAUUAAGUACACAUCAAUACAGUGGUUUGAGUUCAUUACCUCAUCAUCAAACACAAAUCACCUAUUCCAAUGAUUCAAGAAAUAAUAGAGACGUCACCAAUCAUGUUAACGAACAUCCCUAUAUUGAUUCAAAUGAUUAUGGAUUUGUACGAAUUAGGCCAAGAUUACAUAGUACAAAUGCAAUUCUUCUUCAUGAUGACGAUCAUAAUCAUCAUCAUCACCAUCAUCAUCAUCAUCGUGAUCGUGAUCGACAAAUUUCACCAAGUGAACGUGAUUUAAUCAAUUCCGAAAGUUAUCGUGAUGAAAAAAAUCGUGAAUCAUUAUCAUCAUCGUCAUCAUCAAAAAAUCAUCAAAAUCCAUUGAAAGGUGCACUCGUUCUAUUUACAGCGUCAACAUCAUCAUGGUGGAAGACAAAACAACGUGAGGAACCAAAUUUAACAUCAUCAUCAUCAUCAUCAGAAAGAAAAUGGUCACAAAAUAAAGAACGUAAAUGGUCAGUGAAUUCAGCAAUAAAUUCACCAGAGGCAAAAUGGAAUAAUGGUUGUUCAAAUCAAGAUCGUAAAUGGCGAUCACUUGGCGCAUUAUUAAGAACACCAGCUGGUAAUAAUGAUUCACAAUCGCGUUCAAGUCAAACAUUUUUCUAUCACAAUGCAAGUGCAUCAAUGAUUGAGAAUGGUGAUUUAAAUCGUGAUUCAUUAAUGAGUACAUCAACAAUUGAAACUAAUUCACGUUCAACUAGUAAUAAUAAUCAUAAUCAACCAACAUGUUAUUCAGCGAGAGUUAUUUCAAAAUCACAAUAUCGUGAAAAAGGUGAAUUUGCCCUAUCAAAUAAUAGAAAAUUAAAAGUUGGACGACGUUUAUUUCAAGAUGAAAAACGUAGUGGUGGUGGUGGUGAUGAUGAUGAUUGGAUGAUACGUCAUCUUGAUACAGAAACAAAAAAUGAUGGAAUUUUAGAAACACGAACAAAUAGUACACGUUCAAAUAGAGCACAAAGUUUUUAUCUUUUGGAUGAUUUUUUAAAACCACAACCACAACCAACAUUAACCAAAUGUUCAUUAAAUAAUUGUCUUACAUCGCCUUAUUCACGAAAUGAUCAAACAACAACGAGAUCAAGUGAUAAUGUUAAACAAACAUCAACCAAUAAUAAUAAUAAUAAUAGUAAUAAUAAUAGUAAUAGUAGUAGUGGUAGUAAUAAUAAUAAUAAUUCAAGUCAACGUAAUCAUACAAAUAUAACACCGCCAAGGAGGCAUAAUUCAAGUUCUGAUAGUCUUGAAGUUGCAACAAGUCCACUACCACCACCAGUGCCACCACCACCACCGCCACAAUUGACAAGUCGCGAUAAAGAACGUGAUAAGGAUAAACAUGAAAAAGAAGUUUGUCAUUGUCGAAGAUGUUGGGCUAUACUACAGCAGAGAUGGUAUCACGAAGAGAGUCCUGCGACGCUGCACAAAAAUGUCGGCGGUGGAGGGACGAAAGUUAGUGGCAAAGCUGUUGAUGCUGUUGGCUCGGCGACACUCAGCUCACUGUCGUCGAUUAACAAUUCCACUAAUACAAGCCGGAAUAAGAACAAUCCAGUGUCACAUGAGAAGUUGCCGUCACCAAGUGAGAGAGAAUUUUGGAACAUUAAAACAACAAGAUUGGAUCGAACGGACAACAAUAAUGCCAACAACUCUAAUGCCAAUACCAUUCACAAUCUUCCACUUCACGACUCUCUCAAUUCUAGUUCCAACGUCGACGGUUACUGCGGAAGAUUGCCAAUGACACCCUCAGAGGCAAUGAAGUACUUUGGCUCAAAGCUCACCGAAUUUGAGCGAGCCGAAAUUGAAAAAUAUUCCGAAAUCUGGUAUUUGGGACUUUCGGCCUGUAAAAUUCAUGGCGAAGAAGGUGCAUCACAAAAUGGCGGCUACGAUGAUGACAAUGGCAGUUACAAUAAAGUUCUACAUGACCACAUUUCAUACAGGUACGAGAUUCUAGAAGUGAUUGGAAAAGGAAGUUUUGGCCAAGUAAUUCGCGCCUUGGAUCACAAAACUGGACAGCAUAUUGCCAUCAAGAUAAUUAGAAACAAAAAGAGAUUCCAUCAUCAGGCUUUGAUUGAAGUGAGAAUACUUGAUCAUUUAAGAAAGAAGGACGCUGAAUCAAAUUCGCAACACAACGUUAUUCAUAUGUUAGAAUAUUUUUACUUCCGUAAUCAUCUUUGCAUUAGUUUUGAAUUAAUGAGUCUAAACUUGUACGAGUUAAUUAAAAAGAACAAUUAUCAAGGAUUCAGUUUGAGUCUAAUUCGUAGAUUCGCCAAUUCAUUGAUUAAUUGUCUAAGGCUGUUGCAUCGUGAAAAUAUCAUUCAUUGCGAUUUAAAGCCGGAAAAUGUUCUUCUAAAACAACGUGGCAGUAGUUCAAUAAAAGUUAUUGAUUUUGGAUCAUCAUGCUAUAGUCAUCAACGUGUUUACACUUAUAUACAAUCGCGAUUCUAUAGAAGUCCAGAGGUGAUUCUUGGCCUUCCUUAUGGAACGCCAAUAGAUAUGUGGAGUUUGGGUUGUAUUUUAGCUGAACUUUACACGGGAUAUCCACUAUUUCCGGGUGAAAAUGAAGUUGAACAACUCGCAUGCAUCAUGGAAGUUUUGGGAAGGCCACCAGAGCAACUUAUCAAUCAUGCAUCACGUCGUAGACUUUUCUUUGACUCGAAAGGAAGUCCUCGUUGUUUGACAAAUAGCAGAGGAAGAAAACGAAGACCAGGUGGCAAAAGUGUGGCCAUUGCUCUUCGUUGUCAUUACACAUUGUUCGUUGACUUUGUUAGCAGAUGUCUCGAAUGGGACGCAAAGAAACGAAUGACACCCGACGAGGCAAUGAAACAUGAAUGGUUAAAUUCCUCAUCAUCAUCAUCAUCACAUUUAAGUUCAUCGAGCUCGACAAUGACGUCUUCAGUUAGCGGCACAACAGCUGUGAGCGCUGUUGUUGAUUCAUCACAACAAAGUCAUGCGCAAACUGUAACAGUGCAAAAUGCGCCAAGACAACGUGCAACAACAAUGGAAGAUCCACAACAACUUUAUUCACUCUAUAGGCUUUAUCGUGGACGUAAAUGUGUUUCUAAAAUAACAACACUUGACAAUGCAGAUUCUGGCAGCGGCGGAGGUGGUUUAGUAGUUAAAAGUAAACUCAAUGGUAGCGCCAGCAGUCAUGCACUCGCCGUUGGUACACAACCGGCAACAUCAAGACACGCAUCAACCGGUGACAUUGUUUCCAGUCUCGAUCCCAAUCUAGAUGAUUCCGGCACUUUUUUACCUCCAAUCUUAUGAAGUCGGGUCUGCGCUAGCCACUUCUAAAUAUACAAAAAAAAGUAUAAUCUCGUUCUAAACUCGCUUUUGAAUCAUUUUUCGAUAAAAUCGAAAAUUUCCCUGGAGGUAAAAAAAAUAUUCUAAUGAAAAAUCAAUUUCCAAAUUUUGCAACAAAUCCAAUUUACAAAAAAAAGCGAGUUUCGAUCAUUGAGAUAAGAAAAAAUCCCGAAGUGGUUAGAGCUAUAGAUGAAUUUUAUUAUUCUCAAGCUGUUAGGCCAAAAUCGACCUAAAGGAGACGCUAGACUGAUAUCGUGACUGGAACACUUUUAGACGAUGAAUAUUUAUAAUAGACAAAAAAAAAAGCGGUAUGAUCUGAUCUUGUUCCGUAAUUCGUAAAAAUAUAUAUAAAUGUGUUAUUUCAACGCGACACUCUUUUGACGACGACUUUCACUAAACUUCAAAGAAAUCAAAAACGCAAUCUUCUCAUCGAAAUCAAAAUCAUUAGAUUAAUUAAAAUCCGAUGGAAAAAAUUCAAUCAAAUCGGAUCAAAAAAAAAAUUAAGAAAGCGUUUUGUUUCACGAAUAAAAUUCGGUGAAUAUCGUCAAGAACAAAAAAUUGAACGUAAAAUGCUUUCCCUGUCAUCGUGUAAGUGUAUUUUUUUUGUUUUUGGUAAAAAAAAAAGCUACAAGCUGCCCUUGACUGAGUGCGCGUUUAAUUUUAAUUUUUCGAUUCGAUGUCCUGUGAACGAUAAUAAUAAUAAUUAAUAAUAAUAAUAAUAAUAAAUAGUCACAAGAUAUCGAAAGGAAAUUUUUUGGAAGAGAAUUCUCUUUGAAUAUGUGUGGGCAAGCCUUUGCCUCCCCUCCCUCUAAUUUUUGAGGGCUGAGUAGUCUUAUUGUGAUAUUAAACUACCACUGUCUUACUUAGAUCUCUGAUAUAAAUUAGGAUUACUAAUUAAUAAUUUCGUUACUAUUAAUUAUUUUCUUAUCUUAUAAAUAUUUCUUAAAUAUAUAUAUAUAUAUAAAUAUACAUAAUAUGUAUAUGCUUACAAUAAUGGCUACUGCCAUUUUAAUAUCGAUUGAGAUCAAUAUAGCCGAUAACACGGCAUUAAUUUGCAAUUAAUUAAUCGAUUGUGUACAGAAUUUUUAAUUAGACAUCGAGAUUUUUAUCCCCCUUCUUUUUUUUCUCGUCUCGUGUCAUGAGUUUUUUAGCUUGUAAAAAAUAUAUAGAGAAUAUAUACAAUGUAUUUUAAAUUUGUUAAUUUUAAUUUUUAAAUGUCCCGUUUGCAAAAAAAAAAAAAUUAUUAAUCACUUUUUUUAAAUUUGUUCCUCUUAAAAUUAUUUCUUAAACAGCAAAACAAUUUUGCUAAGUUAUUUUGUUAUUAAAAUUGAGAAUAAAAAGAGAUGAGGAAUAAGCGCAUCAAUGUGAAAUCAUCGAUUUCCGAUUAUGAAUUUAAAGGAAGUUUUUGAUAUUCAUUUGGAAAAAUUGUUAAAAAUCCAGUGGAGAAAUUUUUGUUUUUUAAAUUCUUCAUUGGCUCAGUUGGUAAAGGCUCACGAUUUUCUGAGUUUUUGUGCCGAUGGUUCGAUUCUUCGUAAAGGUAAUUUUUUUUUUUCUAUCGAAUUCGACGAUUUCACAUUGCGCGCUAGAUUAUAAAUGCAAUUUUUAGGGAAAAAAAAGAAACGAAAGAAAACUGCUAAAAUGUAAAAGAAUAAGAUUAAGUAUUACAGUAGGCUAGCAAUUUGGCGUGUUUUUUUUUAACCAAUUUUUUUUUCCAUGGGAACAAAAAAAAACUGGAGCAAAAUUUGUCUUAACUAUAAAAAAAACCUCAAUAAUUCCCCCCUAAAAAAGAAAUUCAAAACAAAAAAAUCAAAAAUUUUUUUCGUUGAUUCUCCGAAUCGUGAUUUCUUCUAAAAAGGGAAGAAAAGACAGUGGACUAGUCCUUAUUUAGAAAUGUAUUUUACAGCAACUUAAUCGUUUUCAAAAAAGGCACCCUGACAAAAAAAAACGAUUUUCGUGAUUUCGCUGUUAAUAUACAUUUUGUUUAUUUACAAUUUUAGUCGAAUUAUUACGAACAAAAACAAAACUGCUCCUAACCUCAGGAUAGUAAAAACAAAAAAGAAAAAUAUUAUCUAGACAAGUGUGUGUGUGAGUAGUCCUAAAUCACUUUCUAGAAAAAAAAAAUUGCUCCAAACAUGACAAAGAGCUGACACGAUACGAUUAAAAGUUUAUUUGCCAAAACUUAAUUUUUCUCUUAUUUUUUCAUAUUAUAAAAGAAAAAGAAGGUUCAGCUCGAGAUUUCAUAAUUUUAGCCAACUAGCCUAGUAGGACAAUCAACUUUUUUUUUUUUUUUUUUUAAUUAAGUCCAGAUCUUCCUUAUCCUAAUUGGAGAUCUUCGUUAAUUUUAAUUUAAGAUCUUUGUUUGUAAUUUGAGAUCAUUUUUUUUUUCAAAUCGAAAUCCUCGUUUAUAUAAUGGAAAAAAAUUGUUUCGUCUCUAUAUUGUUAAUUUAAAAAUCUACAAUUGAGAAAUUGUAAGCAAUUUUAUUGCAAAAAUAAAUAAAUAAAUGUGUAUGAAAUCAUUGUUUUCGCAACUAUUUUGAAUUUUUGCAUGUGACAAAAUAGAACAAAAAGAAAAAACGAACCGAGUAUUCAAUGCACGCGAGCUAUAAUAAUAUAGUGAGAAAGAAUAUAAUAAUAAUUAAACUAAAUAUGAGACUCGUGAGAAUGAAUUUUUUUUUUUGUGAUUCGUAUAUAAAAUAAUGUUUAAAUACCGUUUUCCCCCCUUCUCUUCUCACCCCCCUCCACGAAACCCGAGUUAUUAUAUACAUAUAUAUAUAAAAAAUGACGUCACGAGGUCGUCAUAAAAUUUCUGCCUGACUUUUUAGUGUAUUACUAUAUAUAUAUAUUUAUAUAUAUACAUAUAUAUAUAAUUAUAUAUUUAUUUAUAUAUAUAAAUAUAUACGCAAAUGAAGAAUUGAUAACAAUAAAUAAUAAGGUAACGAAAACAAGAAAAAAAAACAAAAAAAAAUAUUAGUGUAAAGGUAAUCGACAUUAUAUAUAUAUUGCGAGAAAAAAAAAUAAAGCCCAACCUAAGCAUCAUCACCUUUUGUAUCAUUUGUUCGUUUGUUUUUAUCUUAUAAAAAUGCGUUUUGUCUUUCAUUCUUAAUGUAAUAACUAUAUAUAUAAAUAUAUUUAUAUAUAUAGUAACCAAGAUGAGACUAUCACUCCCAUGAUGAUUAUCUUGUGUGUAAAUAAAAAAAACAACUAAUAAAGAUUAUACAUAAUACGAA